AGAGCCAAUAUCUUCAUCUCUCUUCACAUAUAUAAAUAUCAACAAACCAAUUCCAUUCCACCACCUUUUCACAGUCUCACUCUCACUGCAGCACUACUUCCAUGGAAGAGAAUUUACCUCUAAAAUGCCUUCGCCGGCCGGAGUACAAUACCCACCUGCCGGAGAGUCCAAGAGUUCCAAUGGAGUUUCUUUCGAGGUCAUGGAGUGCCUCAGCUCUCCAAGUCUCGAAAGCUUUGCUGACACCUAACAACAAUAAUAACAGUAACCCUUCUUGUAUGGCGUCCAAGUCUGCCAAUAGCUCCUCUUCUUGUACUAAUACUUCUAUAUCUGAAGAUGUCAUAGAAGAGUCCGAGGAGCUCCCCAUGUUGGCCGGACACCAGUUUUCUUUUGCAACCUCUGCUACUUCCCAACUCGUCCUCGACCGUAUAAUGUCCCAGUCUAUGAGAGAGGAAGUAUCACCAUUAACAUCGGGUAGACUCUCCCACAGCAGUGGACCCUUGAAUGGAGGUUCUCUGACAGAGACAGACAGCCCCCCAGUAUCUCCAUCAGAAGAAUAUGACGACGUCGUUAAGUUUUUCCGUUCCAACAACAGCAUACAACACCUGUUCAAUGGUGGACGAGCCAGCGCCGGCAAUGUCAAUAAUGCCCCCACCACAGGCGGAGCCAAGACUGUGGGGAGGUGGCUCAAGGACAGGAAAGAAAAGAAGAAAGAGGAAAGCAGAGCCCAAAACGCGCAGAUCCACGCCGCAAUCUCGGUCGCCGGGGUGGCUGCUGCCGUGGCCGCCAUUGCGGCUGCUACUGCAGCUUCAUCUUCCUCAAGAAAGAAUGAGCAAGCAGCCAAAACAGACACAGCCAUGGCGUCCGCAGCCACGUUAAUAGCCGCACAAUGUGCUGAGGCUGCAGAGUCUCUUGGAGCUGACCAUGAGCACCUCGCUUCGGUGGUCAGCUCUGCUGUUAAUGUCCGCUCUUAUGAUGAUAUCCUAACUCUCACAGCUGCAGCAGCCACAGCUUUACGUGGUGCCGCGACACUGAAGGCGAGGGCCAUGAAAGAAGUGUGGAAUAUUGCGGCAGUGAUACCAGUAGAGAAGGGAAUGGCACUCGGUGUUUGUGGUAAAACCAAUAUGGAUCAACUUAAUGCUAACAUCAGCGGAGAGAUAUGCCCUCCAGACAAUUUGCCCAUCGUUUGUAACCAGGAUCUUCUGGCUAGGGGGACUGAGCUACUCAAACGAACACGUAAAGGUGAUCUUCACUGGAAAAUAGUCUCUGUUUACAUUCAUCGAACUGGGCAAGUGAUGCUGAAAAUGAAAAGCAAACACGUAGGUGGGACAUUCACCAAGAAGAAAAAGAAUGUUGUGUUGGAAGUUUGUAAGGACAUGCCGGCUUGGCCAGGACGACACUUAUUCGAUGGCGCGGAACAGCGUCGUUACUUUGGAUUGAAAACCGAGGCACGUGGGCUUGUGGAGUUUGAGUGCAAGACUCAGAGCGACUAUGAACUCUGGACUCAAGGGGUCUCGAAGCUGCUUUCCAUUGUUGCCGAGAGAAAGAAUAAUCGUUGAACCAACAGUCCCUAUUUGCAUUACAACAACCAGGAUUUGAUCUCUAGAUAGAUAAGAGUCGGGACUAGUUCCAUGUUCUAAUUGUUGACUUCGUUCAAUUCCAUUACUGCCUCUAUGUAAAUAGGACGUCAAAUGGUCAAAUGAUGUAAGAAGAUAAUGCAGGGCUUACUAGAGCUAUAUACUACGGGAAUUGGUUGAAAAGUGAGUCAGGGUUAGAUUGAGGAUUAAGCUUCGUUUAGUUGAAUAUAAAUUGUACUGUUUGCUCAUCAUUUCACUUGAAUUUCUUAAUUUAUAUAAGGAAUGCCAUAUUCAUUUUA